AUGGUGAACAUCCCAGAAUACUAUGCAGGGAAAACUGUGCUGAUCACUGGAGCGACAGGCUUCAUGGGCAAGGUGCUGCUGGAGAAGCUGCUGAGGUCCUGUCCAGGAGUCAAAGCUGUCUAUGUGAUGGUCAGGUCAAAAGCUGGUCAGAGCCCUCAGGCCCGCAUUGCUGACAUGAUCAACUGCAAGUUGUUUGAAAGAUUGCAAGAAGAGCAGCCGGGCUUUGGGGAGAAGAUCAUAGCAGUGAACAGUGACCUCACACUGCCAGAGCUGGCUCUCAGUAAAGAGGAUCAGAGCGUCCUGGCUGAAAACAUUAACAUCGUCUUCCACUGUGCCGCCACCAUUCGCUUUAAUGAGCCGCUCAAAGAUGCAAUGCAGCUGAAUGUCCUGGCCACCCAGAAAAUGCUGGCACUGGCUCACAAGAUGAAGCACCUGCAGAUCUUUAUUCACAUCUCCACAGCCUACGCCAACUGUGAUCGAGAGCUCAUUGAGGAAAUUGUCUACCCUCCCCCAGUUGACUACCGCAGACUCAUCGACUCUCUGGACUGGAUGGAUGACGAGCUGGUGUCUGUAAUGACUCCUAAGCUGAUCAAGGAGCGUCCCAACACCUACACCUACACCAAAGCCUUGGCUGAGUAUCUGGUACAGCAGGAGGCUGGAAACCUCAAUGUAGCCAUCAUUAGACCAUCCAUAGUAGGAGCAAGCUGGAAAGAGCCUUUCCCAGGUUGGAUUGAUAACUUCAAUGGACCUAGUGGAAUAUUUAUUGCAGCUGGAAAGGGCAUCCUACGUACGAUGAGGGCAUCUAAUGAUGCAGUGGCUGACCUGGUGCCUGUGGACGUGGUCAUCAAUGCCACACUGGCUGCAGCUUGGUACUCUGGAUCACAGGCAGUCAGCAGACCUAGAAACAUCCUGGUUUACAACUGCACAACUGGUGGCAUCAACCCGUUUCACUGGGGGGAAGUUGAGUACUGUAUAAACAUGACCUUCAAGACCAAUCCCUUAGAGCAGGCCUUCAGAAGGCCCAAUGUCAAUCUGCGCUCCAACCCCUUUACUAAUCAGUACUGGACCACUGUCAGCCACACGCUGCCAGCUCUGCUCUAUGACGGCUAUCUCAUGCUGACAGGCCGCAAGCCCCGGAUGAUGAAGACAAUCACUCGCCUCCACAAAGCCAUGAUGGUCCUGGAGUAUUUCACCAGUCACUCCUGGGUGUGGAACACUGACAAUGUGACCAUGCUGAUGGCCCAGAUGAGCCCUGAAGAUAAGAAGGUAUUCAAUUUUGAUGUUCGUCAGCUCCACUGGGCAGAGUACAUGGAAAAUUACUGUAUGGGCACCAAAAAAUACGUCCUGAAUGAAGAGCUGUCGGGCCUGCCUGCUGCACGCAAACACCUCAACAAGCUGAGGAACAUCCGCUAUUCCUUCAACACCAUCCUGGUGGUGCUCAUCUGGCGCGUUUUCAUCGCCCGAUCCCAGAUGGCCAGAAACAUCUGGUAUUUCGUGGUGAGCCUCUGCUUCAAAUUCCUCUCCUACUUCAGAGCCUCCUCCACCAUGAGAUAAUGAGGCUGGGAGGGGGUGGCAGGCAGCAAAGCAGAGGGAGAAGAAAUGAGGAAGUGCUGGAUAUGGACGAUGAGAGGUGCCGGAGCUCAAAGCCCUUCAGAUGGUACCAUGCUGUCUGUCUCUGGUCUUUGCACCGACACUUAAGGAUUAAAUGGAACCAUUAAACCCGUGGACAAAGAACGAGCUACUGGACGAGCGUGGAGUCAAAAUGAUGCAUAUCUUGGAUCUAUCUAGCAUUUCUUUAAAUACGGAGGGCAUGGAUUUAUCUCACAAUGUACAACACUCAGACUAACAGCACUUCAACUAGUUGAAGCAGGACUACAUGCCCCUCUUCUGUUCAUUUUCAGUCAGUCCGGUCCCUCUUUGUGUCAGAAUUACCCCUCCAGUCUUUUAAGCACCAGAGCACCCAAACCUGCUCCAUCUCGGUUGUCUGCUUGCCUGGCUGCCUGCUAAACAAAGCUAUGCAUUGGAUGAUGCUGUGCUGCAACAAUUCUCAGCUAGUUUUCAGCCUAGUAGGUCCAAGCUUCCCCUUCUGUAUAUGUAAUCUUUGAAAAUAAGCACUCCAGCUGCUGUGUCAGCUGUAUUUGGCUGCUGUCACCUGAAAACAAAACUUUGUUUUCCUUUUCUUUUUUUUUUUUGUUCUUUCAUUGGGCUGUGUGGGAUCCUUGUCAAUUUUGUGCCCUGUUGAAAUGUUUUAAAAACCUGUUACAAAAAGGUUUUCAUCUGACAGCAGCUGCACUCAGCAUCCAGGGGGUUGGAGCUGGUUUUGCACAUUAGGUUGGAGGCAGUUGAAGGGUAAGUCUGUGCUGACUCAGUGAAGGCUCGUUCAGGGACAGGCUGGCCUAAGAAUCAUUGUUUAAUCUGUGUCUUGCCCUCCUAACCCCAUCCCUAAGACCAAAGCCAUUUCAACCAAUGUUUAUGACAGUUGCACUGACAGCUUGGUGUAAAGAGAAAGUUGACAGUGAAGUUAUUGGGGGUGGGGGGGACUUGCUCAUACUGAUCCAUGUCCCACCAAGAGUUGUCAUUGACUGUCUUUCAUUCUUCAGGCUUUGCAAAGACAGAACAAUAAUUUACUCUCCUCUAAGUCCCCAAUGAACUGCAGUGGCUAGUUCCCUAAUUCCUACCAAGCACAAUGCAGAUUGUAACACGGUGGCUUUAUCCAGUGCCUACUAACUGAUCAUUCUUGCAUCAGCAGAUCUUGAAACUCAAGCUUCUUCUUCUACAGGUUCCUUUUUCUUGACAUGUCUGAAGGUCAUUUGUGACUGUCCUGAAGCUACUUUUGCCAAAAUACCUCUUAGCUAACAGACUUGUAGCUCAGUAGAGGAUGAGACAAGUGGAGUUGAGGGGAGAGAUAAAGUCACUUUUGGCUUUCUGCAUUAUGCCUGACAAUUUAAAUUGCUUUGAGAACUGGUUAAAGAUAGUGAGUCAUGGAUAUACACUAUAGGCGGUGACUCUCAUUCAUUGGUCUUUGUUAGUACACUACUUUUCAGGUAGCUCGAAGUGUAGCUCACCAUCUUUGUGAAAGGUUUUGUUACUUCACUUCAGUCAUUUUCCUUUUUCUAACUAUAAUAGGUCAUUUUUCAUAUUUGUGUACAUUUUCUAUCUCUAAUGCCUCUGUAAAUACAUCGCCUUCAGCCUUCAGCCUUCAGCGAUGUCACUCAGGUGCUUUGUUGCAUUGUGGGUAAUGUGGACACCAGGUUUCAGAAAGCAGUCGACUGGUCCAGUGUUGCACUGCUGUGACACUGCUGGACUCAAUAUUGACUGUUUGAAAACAAAUGUUUAGUACUGAUACCGCAGAGCCAGAAAUAUUGCUUUUUUUUUUUUUUUUUUUUUAAACACGUUUCCAAAAUGACCCACAAUGCCACUCAGUGAUUGAGUGAUGUCACUGGAGGCAGUUCAUCGGUUUACAUCCAGCUUCCUCUGGAGCCACAGAGCCACCCUUAAUACUUCCUUUUCACACAUGCAGAAGUACUUUGCAGGUCCUGCAAACACAUUUUGAUGUCUAAUAUUUGUGGAGUUUCCCUUAAAACACUUGGACCAUUCUGUUGCCUUCAUCAUUCUUCCUUAUUACAUCAGAAAUUUGCUUCUUACCAGUCGGCUGAGAUUUUUUUUGCGUUGAGAUUUCUCUGGACUUUUAUAUGAAUCGUCCCUCGUUGCCAUAUGAAGCCUUCAUUAACAUAGCUAAGGUUUACUUGUGCACUUUGUCAUAUUUGUCUUGUCUGUUACCUACUCCUCGAGCACACUACAAUGUUUGAAGAAGCAGGGUGUGUCCCUGUGCCGAUCUCUCGUAGUGCUUGCAUGUGUCCUUCUUCUCGGAGUGGCUUAGGCGAUAGAAGCUCCAACCACCUACAUGCUAGUCCUGUGAAUGUCCUAAAUUCAUUAAGGAAUGUGAUUUGUCACUCGCAGCAUGAGCCAUUUUACAUAGGAUCAUGUUACUCUGUGGAAAGACGCACCGUUUCGCGUGCUAGUGUGAAUCGUGCCUGAACUUUUUUCAAUAGUCUAACAAUGUGAAAAAAAGCAAUCAGAUCUAUGUUUUCUAAUUAUUUUGUGUACAGCUCUAUUUAGGUAGACUUCAAAAUAUAACAAACAGAUGUAUUUUUAUGCUAAUGACAUUGCGCGGCUAUUUUACUGGGUAAAAGCUUACUGAACCGACUUCAGCUGCUGUAAAUAAUCCUUUAAAAAAUGUAAAACAUAAUUGCUUGUCAUUUGACUUUACUGUGUAUGUACAUGUACUUUUCUCUCUCUGAAUGUAAUAGAAUAACACAGCCUGACUUGUUUGCACAGCCAGAAUCCUCCCGUGACUCCUGAAACAAGAAAUUAACAAUCCUGUAAUUGCCUGUAAUUUUGAUAUUAAGCAAGUGUUUGUUUAUUGGAGUGCGGUGCGAUAAACCUUUUGUUGUUGUAACUCCAUUUCCUAGUGACAGUAUGAGUGAGUAAGUCAUUUUGUGAUGGGGAUGGCUGCCAUGCUCUUGUUUAGCGUUGUGGGAGGGAGGGGGGUAAACAGCUUGUCUAAUUUCAGGGUUUUCUUCAAGCUUGAUUUGAGAAGUGAGAGCAACGAACGGGUCUUUAUCAUGUUCUCACUUUUGAUGUCAGGAACUACUGAAUCGUACCAUUGUUAUUGUACAAACGUAUCAUCAGCAUUAAAUCCACUUGGAACAAAAUUCUCAAAUCA